CCGAAGCUUCGCUUGCGGUCACUUAUCUCAUGCUCUAUCCCCAUAUCGCGGCUUCUUAUCAAACGUACCGCGUCAGGUGCCGGAUGAUUUCUCGCCAGACACAUGAAACAAGCGGGGUCUGUACUCGAUUCGUGUUGGAAUGCAAGGGGUGUGAGCGCGAUUGGUUCUGGAACAGUGGAACUUCGAAUGCGCUUACGCAUUUGAACGCUAGGGAGCAACAAACGGACUUGGUCGGUGUCUGGCUAGAAGGUGCUGGGAGCAAACUAUGAUGUUGUAUCACAUGGCCGGUCUGGGGUAUAAAAUGCUUUUGACUCGUGCACCAAUGGCAUAGACCACUGGAACCACCAUGCGCUCCUCAGGAUGGGUCGCCACCACUCUGGUGUCUUUUGCGUCCCUUGUCAUCGCUAUUCCCCGUAUUCCAGCGAUGCCCAAGCAGCCUGCUAUCGAAUGGCAGCCUGAGGCUGGCGGGCUUCAUGCUCAAGCGGGACUCGUGGAGUACUUCUUUGACCAACUGCUCGACCACACCGAUCCCUCCUGCGGAACAUUCAAGCAGCGAUUUUGGUUUUCGGAGGAUUACUACAAGCCGGGUGGACCGAUCAUUCUAUUCAAUGCUGGAGAGGAGGAUGCUUCAGGCUUCACAGGUUAUCUCCAAAACAGAACCAUCACGGGAGCCAUCGCAUAUGCGACCGGGGGCGCUACAAUCGUCAUGGAGCACCGAUACUGGGGCAAAUCUAAUCCUUUUGCCAAUUACACCACGGCCAAUAUGAAGUACCUCACUGUGUACAACGCGGUCCAAGACUAUGCGUACUUUGCUCAGAACGUCGAGUUGCCUUGGGCUGCCGGAGCCAAGGUCACUCCGCCGCCGACCACGGCAUGGAUCCUCAAUGGCGGAUCCUACCCCGGAUCCCUCACUGCCUACGCCAAGCAAACUUUCCCCGAUCUUUUCUAUGCUGCUUACGCCACUUCUGCCCCGGUGCAGAUUUGUACGAUCCUCCGUUGCUUUGCCGUGCAGUGCUCAGUGGCUCGUAGCUUCGGCUACUUCAUUCCUGUUGCCGCUGGAGCACCGCAGAAUUGCAGCACCGACAUGAUGCGUGUAAUCACGCACUGGGACGAAGUUAUGAGCCAGGGAACUGCAGCGGAGAAGAGCGAUAUGAUGGCUCUUUUCGGUCUCGGAAAUGUGACUCAUGAAGCUGAUGCUUCCUCUGCUUUGAUCGAGGCACCCUGGAGCUGGCAAGCGCUCGGCCCCGCCGUCGGUGCUCAUCAGCAAUUUUUCGAUUUCUGCGACAUGCUCGAAACCAAUAACAGCGUGAUUGCUGGUCCUGAUGGGUUUGGUGUCGAAUAUGCUACUAGCAAAUGGGCCGAGUGGCAAGUUGCUUUCAGCAAAAAAUGCGCGGCCUGUGUGGUACCGACUUCGAUAAUGACAACUGGUAAGAUCUCCCACGGACAUUCACUUGUAUUCUCAAUAUCGAGCAGCUGGGGAACCUACGACGGGAACAGCUCUACUUACACCGACACGCAAAUCGGUUUCUGGCAGGACGGAAACCCAACUGGACCGUCGAUUGUCUCCAAGCAAGUCACUGCGGCGUACUGGGAGAUUCAGUGCCCUCUGUACUUCCCGCCCGAGAAUGGGGUCUCGGUCCCUGCCGAAGCACCCGUCGAUGAGAUAAAUGACGCGUAUGGCGGAUGGGAUAUGACCGAAGACCACCUCUUGUUUGUCAACGGAGAAUUCGACCCUUGGCGCAGUGGAACUGUAUCAAGUCUGCUGCCGGAUGCGCCUGUCCGUCAGAGCACCGACACGCAGCCGAUCCUUCUCAUCAAGAAUGGAGGACACUGCUGGGACAUGAUCACGGGCACUGCGAUGGCCAAUCCCGACACCCGAGUCGUCUUCAACCAGGUUGUGGCCACGAUGGUCAACUGGAUGGACGAAUGGCACGCUGCUCGCGCUUAACGGCAAGAAUACAAUGUCUUCACCAUAUGUUUGUUACGAGCAUCGUUCCUAGCGGCAAUAUAGAACGAUGGCAAAACAUCAGAGCGCAGAAAACAGUCUCCGGCGCGACCAGAUUUCGUCUUAUCGGGCAGCACAGACAUCGCCAACAUUCCUGCGCGGGAGUAGGUGCACGGUCCACGUUGAAUAUGAGCAGUCGAAAUGCAGGCAUUCGAGGACGAUUUCGAUGAAAUCAACUAGAGUCGGCGCAGGAGCAGCUGCUGCAGCAUUUCAUGCAGUGGGCUCGCCGCUCGGAUGAAUACCUGGAGAGUUGGAGACCGCGUUUGUUCCAAGAGAACGCUGAGGGAGGCACAUGGUUAAACUGAAGGAGUAAGAGGCUCGGUCAGCAAUGCAUGGGCGCGCUUCCACGGUCGGCAACGCCACAAAAGUCACCUGCCAAGGCUGAAGAAGUUGUGAUUGCCUCCUCGAAUCGCUCUGAUCUACCUCCAUGCGAAAACGGAGAUGGUUGCGCUUGUCAUCAGUGGAGCCGUGAGUCAGAUUGGUUCAUGAGCCAAAGGGUUCCGAACCGGGUUGCCGCGGGCAAUCAAUACGGGUGGUUUUGUUUUCAAUUGAGAUACUUGCGGACGGGGCCCCGCCCCGCCCUCUGCGAUUGCGGGCGAAAUCUCCCGAGACCUCGCUUCCACUUAUCAUGCUUUUGUACCAUAUCACACGUUCUUAUCUAAUAUGUGGUGCACACAUUUUCU